ACACGUAGCGAAAGUGUACUAUUUAAAACGGGUGUGGAGUAAAGAGUCCCUCAACUUGCAAAUGACACGCGAUGGUACAUAUACUCGGCCAACCCUGCCUAAUUCAGUACAUCAGUUAACCUCCCGUUAAAAGAAGCCAAUGUGGCAAUUAAAUUACGUUUCUAUCGUACACGGUGGAGGGCGAGUCAGCAAGCUCCCACCCCCUCUUUUAUAAACAACCCUAAAUUGAAGACCGGUGGACCAAAAUUGAAGCUUUGAGCGACAGAAAACCCUAUUUGAAGAAUCCCUCGUCUGGAGCAGAGAUUUUGAGGAACGGUCUUGUACUCUUGUUCGAGGAUCUUUGAAUCACUUUUGAGAUGGCAUAUGGAAAUUGUCUAUGUGGGAUGCCUAUAAAGAUGAUGACAUCGUGGACAGAUGAAAAUCCAGGCAGACGGUUCGUUGCUUGCUCAAGACGUGGAUGCUGCAGCAACUUUGAGUGGGUUGAUCCAGGGCUUUUGAGGAAAAUAAACAACCCACAACGUGUGAUUGAUGAGGCAGAACCUGUGAAAAGGAAAGAGAAGAUGUGGACUGUGAUAUGGUGUGUAUUGGGAGGAAUUGUGAUGCUACUGUUGUUCAUCAUACUCGUGGGCAGUGAAAAGAAGUCCUUAAAAGACCUGUAGUGGUUCUUCUUAGGAGUUUAUGUUGUUAAGUUGUAAUAUUUAUUGCUAUGUUGUAAUCCUAGUUUAAUCACCAAGUUUGUCAAUCAGUU